AUUUUGUUCGGCACUGUGUUCCAAAGCCAACUUGUUGCAACUUGUUUUUUUGCAGACAACGAAUUUAGUUAAAUUAAGAAAAAAGUAAAUUUUAGCUUAUUUUAUCCUUAAAAAUGCAAAAGAUAUUGGUAACCGGUGGCACAGGCUUAGUGGGAAAAGCUUUGGAAGCUGUAAUUAACGAGGAGAAGCCCAAAAAUGAAGAAUGGUUUUUUGCUGGUUCUAAAGAUGCCGACUUGACAAACUUGGAAGCCACUAAAGCUUUAUUUAACAAAGUCCAGCCGACACAUGUUAUACACUUGGCCGCCAUGGUGGGUGGUUUGUUUCACAAUAUGAACAACAAUUUGGACUUUUUGCGCAUUAAUUUGCAAAUUAAUGACAAUGUCUUACAAACUGCCCAUGAUCAUGGUUGCGUUAAAGUUGUCUCUUGUCUAAGUACUUGUAUAUUUCCCGAUAAAACUUCUUAUCCCAUCGACGAGACGAUGGUACACAAUGGACCGCCACAUCCUUCUAACUAUGGUUAUUCAUAUGCCAAACGUUUAAUAGACAUACAAAAUCAUGCUUAUCAUGAUAAAUACGGUGCGAUGUUUACCUCUGUUAUACCCUGUAAUAUAUUUGGACCCCACGAUAACUAUAAACCUGAAGUAAGUCAUGUUAUACCCGGCAUGAUUUAUCGCAUGUAUCGACUUAUUAACGAUAACAAAGAUUUGAAGGAAACGGAGAAAAUUUUUACGGUUUACGGCUCGGGCAAACCUUUGAGACAAUUUAUUUACUCUUUAGAUUUGGCUAAAUUAAUGAUUUGGGUAUUGCGUGAUUACAACAGUGUUGAACCUAUCAUCUUGAGUGUUGAUGAAGCUCAAGAAGUGACUAUUUUACAAGUGGCUGAGGCUAUAGCUAAGUCAUUUGAUUUUAAAGGCAAACUAGAGUGUGAUACCACAAAGGCCGAUGGUCAAUAUAAGAAAACUGCUUCAAAUCAAAAAUUACGUUCUUUAUUACCAAAUUUUACAUUUACAAACUUUGAUGAGGCCAUUAAGACUUCGGUACAGUGGUUUAUUGAAAACUAUGAGAAGGCUCGGAAGUAAGAGAUACACACAAAAAGGUAUGAUAUUUUAAUUGAAAAAUAAUUUUAACAUUCCUUAAAAAUAAAGGAAUUUUUAAUUUUUCUUUUUUUUUUCGAAAAAAAAGGAAAUUAAUAGUUUGCUUAAUACAAAUAUAUAUAAAAUGGAAUAAAUUAUAUUGUUAAAAACUAUAAAAUGUCUAUAAUUGAAUUAUUGCUUGUAAUGUGAUCUACGUAUAAAGCAUGAAAGAAACCUGCGAACAAGUUUUGUAAAAUCCAAAUUUUCUUUAGUUUCCUAAAUACAUUCCUUAUUAAGCCAAAUAGUUUUUGGUAUAACAACCUUUGAUUUUCAAUAAAACAUUUUGAAGAUUAAAUUUAUUUAUUUAAAAAUAUACUUUAUUUAAAAAAAAUUAAAAUUAAAUUAGAAACUUAAUUUAGAAAGUUUACUUUUAUACAACAUUUUCAAUAAGACAUAAAUAAUUAUACAAUGUUUUUUUUUUUUUAAUUUUUUUUAUACAAU